AACAGUAAUUUGCACAAUUUUGUUUGCAUAUCAUCGACGACAGAGACGCUAUCCUUCUGGGAAUGAACUUGACUGUCAGGGCUCAGGGAAUUGCACUGUCUGUAAUGGAGGAAUAUUUAAAAAAUCAUUGCAGAGAAGGAACCUUGAGGUGUUUAUGGAGCAAUAUAGAUCAUUAGCCCCAACAAUUUAUAGUUAUUCAGAUAUAAAGAAAAUGACAAGUUCAUUCAAACACAAACUUGGGCAAGGAGGCUAUGGAGAAGUGUAUAAAGGCAAGCUCUAUGAUGACCGUCUUGUUGCAGUUAAGAUCCUAAACUCAACCAAAGGGGAUGGAGAAGAAUUCAUCAAUGAGGUAGUUAGCAUUGGUCAAACCUCUCAUGUUAAUGUUGUCAAUCUUCUAGGGUUCUGUUACCAUGGUACUAAAAGAGCUCUAGUUUAUGAAUUUAUGCCUAAUGGAUCCCUUGAAAGAUAUAUUCAUGGUGAUAACACUCACUUGGGAUGGGCCAAAUUGUAUGAAAUUGCUAUUGGCAUAGCUCGAGGGCUUGAGUACUUGCACAAAGGCUGCAACACAAGAAUCUUACAUUUUGAUAUAAAACCACACAACAUUCUCCUUGAUCAAGAUUUUUGUCCCAAAAUAUCUGAUUUUGGAUUGGCCAAACUCUGCACUAACAAGGAGAGCAAUGUAUCUAUGCUUGGAGUUAGGGGAACUAUCGGCUAUAUUGCUCCAGAAGUUGUCAGCCGAAAUUUUGGAAGUGUUUCACACAAGUCAGAUGUGUAUAGCUACGGAAUGAUGAUUUUAGAAAUGGUCGGCGGAAGAAAGAAUGUGAACGAUAACGUGAGCCACAGUUCUGAGAUAUACUUUCCCCAUUGGGCAUAUCAAAGACUUUUGGUAGAUGAAGAUUUAAAACUUCAAGGGGUCAGAACAGAAGAGGAAGAAGAGAUUGCAAAGAAAAUGAUACUGAUAGGAUUUUGGUGCAUUCAAACAGACCCAUCAGAUAGGCCAUCAAUGAACAAGGUGAUUGAAAUGUUGAUGGGUAGUUUAGUGAAGUUGGAAAUACCACCAAAGCCUUUCUUAUAUUCUUAUUCACAAUCACAAUCAUCAGAGGGUAUUUCUCCAGUAAUAUCUCCUACAUUGCUCUUACGUUCUAGUUCAAGUCCAUCAUUCAACAUCAGCAUGAACAUUGACUAAAAAGCAAUUUAAGC